ACACACCCUGUAUAUUCACUUCAUUUCGAUUCUCUCUUUCUCAAAAUAAUCAGGUUGUACCGGAACAGAGUAAAUCCAACAAAAAUCAUUCAUGCUUCAACGGUGUUAUUAUUAUAUAUUAAUCCAAUAAAAUGAAAUCGAUCAGUAAGCAAAGUCCAAGCAUCGAACGAAAUUACUAUCUUAUAAAAUGUUGUUGUGUUUAAUUCACAGCCUGAAGCUGCAGUGGAAUCUUAUAAUUAUUCUGCCUUUGAUAACAUUAAGUAGUGUGAGGUGUUCUGAUAUCCGUACUCAGAAUUAUACUCAGCAUGAUUCUUUACAUAGUGGCACGAGAAAAAGAGUGGAAAAAAUAUUAAACUUUCCCGUCACUCUCAGUUUCGGUGAAGAAUCUACAACAAGAGGAGUUUAUGCUAGCCUCAGCAGAAACGACGAGAGAAAUGAUGAAAAAAUCGAUGAUGGUCAGUUCGGAAAAAGGAUCAUUUUAGGCAUCAUAGAAAAUUCUGAUGAACCGAUAACCCAAUUACCAGACCAGAAAAUAAGUCAAACAAUAGUUAAGUUUUUUGACCAGGAAGAUUACGAUGGUAUCAAAACGAACCCUAUUGUGGUUGGUGAUCCUUAUGAAGAUGAUGCUAAUCAAAAUGAAAAAACAUUCAAACAGGAACAAUCUUUUGCAACAAAUAACGAAGAAAAAUUUCAGGGGGAUGAAAAGUACACUGACGUAUAUAAAGACAAAGAAAAAAUUAUAGAAGUUGAAGAUACUGAACGAGUAAUACAAAAUGAUUUGAAAAAAAAGAGUGAUCAUCAAAGUGAGGAAUAUAAUGAAGAAUAUGAAGAUACAGAAAUAUUAUCCACACACGUCAAAAAAAAUGAUACGCUUGGUCAAAAAUAUAGAGAAAAUAUACCUGCCAAUCAUAAAGAAACUUACACAGACGUAGAAUAUCCAGAUAAUUACCCACAAACUCAUAAUGAAGAACCGCCCGCAAUUCUAUUAAAAGAGCCUCCCUUGAAAACUUCAAAUGGGUCGAGUAAAUAUUAUAACAGGGAAUCAGCAAAGUCAUCAGACAUGAAAGAUAAUGUUUUUCGAGAAGACCAAAAGGGAACUGCUGACAAUUCCCAAGAAAAUUUGAAAAAAAAUAGAAAUGAAAAGUAUGCAUCUGGUAAAGGUCAAGAACAACACGAAGAACAUCAUGAGCGAAAGGAGGAUAAGGGAAUAAAAAAUUAUAAAGGAUUCCAUGAAGAAUCGAAAAAAAAAAAAGGGCAUCAGGAUGAAGAAAAACAUGGGAAGAAAUAUGCAGAUAAAGGUGGCGAAGAAAAGAAACAUCAUGAAGAACAUGAACACCAUGGAGAUUACAACAAAGGAGAAAAAGGAGAAAAAGGAUAUGAGUUCUCUGAGGAAGGUAAGCACAAUAAAGGACAUUCAACAAAGGGCGAACACAAUAUUCAUAAAAAGGACGAGUAUGAAAAGAAACAAGAAUUUUUUGAUGAACAUCACGAAGGGGGAGAACAUGAAGGACAUGGCGGUUUUCAUCAUGAAGAACAUUAUAAAAAGGGAGGACACAAGAAGGUAGGACACAAUAAAAAAGGGAAUAACGUAGAUCACUAUGGGAAGAAGUCACAUCAUGAGAAAGGACAUUUCUACGAUGAUAAAGGAGGAAAGAAAAAAGCCUUUGCUCAUAAUAAAGAUCAUAGUCAUAACUCAAAGCAUGGAAAAAAAGUUGGUACCUCUGGAGGAAAAAAUUGGGGUUAUAAGAAACAGAAUAAUGGAUACAAAAUACCCAAAGAAGUAGAACAUGCAGCUCAAACAAACUCGCUAAAAAUUAGAAAGGCCCCUCUAAAUAUUUCGGAUAAAUACAACGAAAAAAAUAAAUACCCUCACUAUAUUGCUAAGAUACAUAUUCAUAAUGAUAACAGACGAAGUGAUCAAAUUGAUGAUAAAGAUGAAACAAAUCAGGAAAUGAAUGAUAAUAAAGAAGAAGUUGCAGAGAUUUUUGAUUCAGAGCUGAGUGGAAAUGACAGUGAUGAUGCUCAGAUAGAGAACAAAGAAAUAAAAAAUCAACAUUCAGGUGAGAUAUCUUCUGACCAAAAUGAAGGGAGCAAGCAGCAUGGAACUGAAAAUAUAGAAUCAGAUCAUCUUUUGGAAUCAUCUAUUCUUCAUGAACAAAACGCGAAUUCCGAUAAAAUAUCUUCUUCGAAACUUCUACCUAAAAUAUAUGUAAUUCUCCCCGAAGAUUUUGAAGAACAACUUCAAAGAAGUGCAGAAAAUUCUGAAUCUUCCUCGAACGAGAAAGAUUCUUUCAAUAAUGAUUCUGAAGAGGAAGGCAAUAGUCCUAAAAUUCAAACAAUUCAGAGAAUAUAUACAAAAACUCUAGAGCCUCAGUCUUUUUCUGAAGAGCAUAAAAAAAGAAUAUCUGAGAUAGGAUAUAUAAUCCAUAAAAUAGGGUCAGAGCUAGGAAAAAAUAUGGAAAAUAGUAAUUCUCAAUCCAAAAUGGGGAAUAAGCCACCGAGAGAUCAGUUUUAAAUAUUUAUGUUAUUCAGACAGUAGUGAAACAUUUGGGUUUUAUUUUUGAAAAUAUUUGCUUUCAAUAAAG